CCCCUGUAGUGGAGCCCCGGGGGUCUGGUGGCAGGAUGGCCGAGGCUGGGGGACCGGAGUCCGCGGCGAGGAGUCUGGAAGAGUCGUCAGACAGCGACCCGGAGCAGGAGCACGGCUCCCCGCAGAAACUCAUCCGCAAAGUGUCGACGUCGGGUCAGAUCCGAAGCAAGACUAUCCUGAAGGAAGGGCAGCUCAUGAAACAGACCACCUCUUUCCAGCGCUGGAAGAGACGUUACUUUAAACUGCGAGGGAGGACGCUGUACUACGCUCAGACCGCCAAGUCUAUCAUCUUCGACGAGGUGGAUCUGACGGAUGCAAGCGUAGCUGAGUCCAGCACCAAGAACGUCAACAACAGCUUCACGGUGAUAACUCCUUGUAGGAGGGUGAUCCUGUGCGCUGACAACAGGAAGGAGAUGGAGGAGUGGAUGGCAGCCCUGCGCAGCGUCCAAAACCGAGAGCACAUGGAGUCUACCCAGUACAGCAUGGAUCAUUUCAGUGGGAUGCAUAACUGGUACGCGUGUUCCCAUGCCCGACCCACCUACUGCAACGUGUGCAGAGAAGCUCUGUCUGGGGUGACGUCCCACGGCCUGUCAUGUGAAGUGUGUAAGUUCAAGGUCCAUAAGCGCUGUGCUGUGCGCGCGACCAACAACUGUAAAUGGACCACGCUGGCCUCCGUAGGGACGGACAUCAUAGAGGACGAGGAAGGGGUGUCCAUGCCCCACCAGUGGCUGGAGGGGAACCUUCCGGUCAGCGCCAAAUGUUCCGUCUGCGAGAAGACCUGCGGCAGCGUGCUCAGACUGCACGACUGGAAGUGUCUCUGGUGCAAGGCCAUGGUUCACUCUAGCUGUAAGGAGCAGCUGUCCAUCAAGUGUCCGCUGGGUCAGUGUAAGGUGUCCGUUAUCCCCCCCACCGCCCUCAACUCCAUCGACUCUGAUGGGUUCUGGAAGGCGUCCUGCCCCCCGUCCUGCACCUCCCCCCUGCUGGUGUGCGUGAACUCUAAGAGCGGGGACAACCAGGGCGUGAAGUUCCUCCGGCGCUUCAAACAGCUGCUCAACCCGGCACAGGUGUUCGACCUGAUGAACGGAGGACCGCACCUAGGGCUGCGGUUGUUCCAGAGGUUCGAUACCUUCCGUAUCCUUGUGUGUGGGGGAGACGGCAGUGUAGGCUGGGUCCUCUCAGAGAUAGACACACUGUCUCUACACACACAGUGCCAGCUGGGGGUCCUGCCCCUGGGCACGGGGAACGACCUGGCCCGGGUGCUGGGCUGGGGGGCGGCCUGCGACGACGACGCUCAGUUGCCCCAGAUCCUGGAGAAACUGGAGAGGGCCAGCACCAAGAUGCUAGACAGAUGGAGUAUUAUGGUCUAUGAGACCAAGUUUCCACGGCAACACUCCUCCUCUACCAUCACUGACGACUACAGCGACACAGAGGUGCAGCAGAUCCUGACCUAUGAAGACUCGGUAGCGGCUCACCUGUCCAAGAUCCUCACCUCGGACCAGCACUCUGUCGUCAUCUCCUCCGCCAAGGUUCUGUGUGAGACGGUGAAGGACUUUGUGGCUCGUGUGGGGAAGGCCUACGAGAAGAACACAGAGAGAUCUGAAGAGUCCGAUGCCAUGGCCAAGAAGUGCGGCGUUCUGAAGGAGAAGCUGGACUCUCUCCUGAAGACGCUGAACGAAGAGUCCCAGGCCUCCAGUGUGGUCCCCGUCGCGCCCCCGCCUCCUUCCCCCCCCCCCACCAUCGCAGAGGAGCAGGAGGAGGAGGAGGAGGGGGUGCUCCACCCCCCCCGGCCCACCCCUCCUCCCCCUGCCUGCUCCCCUCGAUGUAGCUCCGCCCCCCCGGCAGCCAUCUUUAAACCCAGAGAGCAGCUGAUGCUCCGAGCCAACAGCCUGAAGAAGGCCAUCAGGCAGAUUAUAGAGCACACGGAGAGAGCGGUGGAUGAGCAGAACGCUCAGACCCAGAAGGUGUUUUCCCUGGGCGGAGCUCCGGAUGAGGAAGAGGAGGAGGAGGUGGAGGAAGACAGAGUGUCUCUCCAGUCGCAUCACAACAGUUCUGCUUACCCCCACGGACGCACAGUCAGCAAAACCCCCUGUGAGAAGCUCAUAAUGAAGGGCGCGCUCUGUCUGGGCAGCUCUGCAUCCCUUCCUGCCCAGACAGUAAGCAGGGACCAUAUGCUUAACACAAAGAUCCUGUACCCAAGUCUGAGAGCGGGCGUGUCUGGCUCCCUCUCCAGCAGCUCUGUCAUAAGUCGUCUGCUGGUAAACGCCGACCCAUUCAGCUGUCACCAUGACAACAUGGACUGCUAUACAGAGAAGUGUGUGAUGAACAACUACUUUGGCAUCGGCCUUGACGCCAAAAUCUCUCUGGACUUUAACAACAAGAGAGACGAACACCCGGAGAAAUGCAGGAGUCGCACUAAGAACAUGAUGUGGUACGGAGUCUUGGGCACCAAGGAGCUUCUCCACCGAACCUACAAGAACCUGGAGCAGAGAGUACUUCUAGAGUGUGACAGCAGGCCCAUCCCGCUCCCCAGCCUGCAGGGUAUUGCGGUCCUCAACAUCCCAUCCUACGCUGGAGGGACCAACUUCUGGGGAGGAACCAAGGAGGACGACACGUUCUCCGCUCCGUCGUUUGAUGAUAAGAUCCUCGAGGUGGUGGCCGUGUUCGGGAGCAUGCAGAUGGCCGUGUCGCGGGUCAUCAACCUGCAGCACCACCGCAUAGCUCAGUGUCGUCAGGUGAAGAUCACCAUCCUAGGAGAUGAGUGCGUACCUGUGCAGGUGGAUGGGGAGGCGUGGCUUCAGCCUCCGGGCUUCAUCAGGAUCGUCCACAAGAACCGCACCCAGACCCUCACCAGAGACAGGGCAUUUGAAAGUACUCUGAAGUCUUGGGAGGAUAAACAGCGGUGUGAGUUCCCCGUCACCCCUCCUCCCCCACUCUCCCCCCCCCACCCUGAGGUGCUCUCUGACGAGCAGCUCGCUCACAUCAGCCAGUUUGGACAGGCUGCCGGAGCGCUAAUCCACAGCAUCCGGGAGAUAGCCCAGUUCCACCACGUCAUGGAGCAGGAGCUCGCCCACGCGGUCAACGCAAGCGCCAAGACCAUGGACAUCGUCUACGCCAACAAGAGCUCAUCGACGCUGAGCUGUGGAGCCGUCCUCCAGAUGGUCAGCAAUGUGAAGGCUCUGCACAGUGAGACAGAACUCCUGCUGUCUGGAAACAUGUCCAUGCAGUUGGAGCAGCAUCAGGCGGACCAGCUGAACGCUGCUCUGAGUUCUGUUGGGCUGCAGCUCCGCCGUCUGUCUGACAUCGCCUGGCUGGCCCCCCUCAUAGAACCUUCAGAACACGAGGAGGUUCUCGCUGGUUUCUCAGGCAGGAGGUCCUUGGGUUCUAAGUUCCGCCUCGUCCCAAAGUUCAAGAAGGAGAAGUACAACAAGAACCGAGAGGCCUGCACGUCUCUCUCUCUCUCAUUACCAGUGGAGCGGUGGGGAACCCUGGAGGUGGGGGCGUGGCUGGAGAGGCUCUGCCUGCAGGAGUAUAAAGAGAUCUUCAUCAGACACGACGUCCAAGGAGCAGAACUCCUCCUGCUGGAGAGGAGAGACCUGAAGGAUCUGGGUGUGACCAAGGUGGGCCACAUGAAGCGGAUCCUGCAGGGCAUCAGAGAGUUGACCCGGAGCAGCACCGAUGUCUAGGACCCCCCCAGGUUCACCUCCCCCCUCUUCUGCUGCUGCCGGUGACCCCUCCCCUGACCUCCGACCUGUGAACCAGCGCCGCCCCACACCGGAACCCCGACGGGACCAAUCACAUGAUCCGCUAGUGCCUUCACCUCACACGUCCUGACCAACCAGCAUCCAGGGUCGGGACUGAGACGGGCCCACCAGGGGAGUCUUAUGGGACUAUUAUGGGAUGGACAGAGUAACCCUUUAAUGGCUGGAUAGGCAGGAAACAAGACCCCAGGGUUUUCUACCGAAUAUUUAUUUUCUAAAUGCUGAGCUUGUGAUGUGUUGUCAUGAAGACGGGGAUCGAGUUCUGCAACAGCAAUAACACCUCUCCCUCUCCCUCUACCUCUACCUCUCUCUCUCACUCACACCCAUUCUCACUCGCUCUCUCUUUCUAUCUCUCUCCCUCUCUGUCUCUCUCUCUACUUCUCUCUCAUUCUUUCAACCUCUCCCUUUCUACAUCCAUCUCAAGUCAGUCACCAGACCGUUUAGACUUCCAGAUCUCUCUUGAUUUGAGUUAGGAAAACUAGUUCUAAAACGACAGUCUCAAUAGGUUUUAGAACGAGUCUUCUGAUUGUUGAUCUCUCCUUUUUAUUGGUUACAUUCGCUCCAUGCUGUCUCUGUGCUGCUCUGUACAUGCGCCCCCUGGUGGAAUGUAAAUAUAACAACAUGCUGUAAUAAAGUUUAA